UAGUUCCAUUCAUCACUCAAGUUCCUCCAACAUGUCUCUAAGGGUUGUGGUGUCGUUGGCUGUAUUGGCCAUUGGUCUCGCCGAACAUGGCUCCAAUGUAAGGGUCAGUCACUAUGGCACUCCGUAUGCCACCUCCCCCAGGCCCACGUAUCCUCCAACUCCUUCAUAUACUCCUCGCCCAACAUAUCAGCCGCGACCUACAUACAAGCCAGAGCCUACCUAUCGCCCUAAACCAACCUAUCGUCCAAAGCCUACCUAUCCCACUCAGCCUACGUAUCGCCCCCAGCCAGCCUAUCCCCCACCCCCUUCCUAUCCCACGAAGCCUGCCUAUCCUCCCCAAACCCCCGCCUAUGGCCCAACACCGGCCUACGGGCCUCAACCUUCAUAUGGGGCCCCCGCCUGUGCUGCUCAAACCGGCAAGCCUUGGUGUAUCAACGAUAAGGAGUACCCAGCCUACGAGGUCCAGCAAGCUGCCAACCAACACAAGGAGAAACUUCUCACCCUUUACGCCGACGUUGCAGACCUGGACACAAAGCUUUCCGUCGACGGUCUCAAAACCCUUUAUGAGGAGACUUAUCUCUGUCCCUCUGAGACCGAAUACGUCAGGCUUCUGCGAGCCCAGAACACCGACGGAAAGUGGCGCAUCAUCGUUAACAACAUUCAGGUAGAUUACAAGGAUUUCACCCAAACUACCCGCAUUGAGGAGUGCCUUAAGCAAGGGAAUGCCUGUCCUCUAGUGCCUCAGUGUUACGAGUCCAAGUGCCUGCAGAAGUCCAUCUACCACCGCUUCAUCGUCUACGACCCCUAUGAUCAGUACUUCCCCUUCGCCAUCGAGACCUUCAAGCUCCCCGCUAGCUGCGCCUGUCUCCUGGGCGCCUCUAACAUCGAGUACUAGAGCCAAGAUAACGUAAAACACUUAUUAAGAAUAACGAUGAAUCUGAUCUGAGAUCAAGAACCUUCCGUGCCUUAAUCUUUUCCUUUGCAUAAUUUAGGAGCAAGAACGAGUGGUAUUCUGUGUUGACAAUACAACUGGCUCAGGAUCCACAGUCCCUGGCAUAACUCACACAACGAUGAGCUAAAUGAAGAAAGCAGUUCUCUAGUCAUCCACUGUGAUACUAUGUAUGAUAUAUUUUUAUAUGUAAACUUAUUUAUUUAGAUACUUUAUAUCUUUUAUUUCUGGCAUUGGAGAAAUACAUUUUGAACACAGCAUCAUUGUACUUUGUAUUUUCCUC